UUGUUUAAAGCGCUGGAGCUCUACGACAGCUCCGUUGACGGCUCGGAUAAUUGGCCACAAAUUGUAUGCGUUGUCACCGGAAAGGGUCCUCUAAAACAACACUAUCAGCAAAAGAUUUUGACCAAAACCUUUAAGUCAAUAAAAGUUGUGUUUCCGUGGCUGACGGCACACGACUACCCGAAACUGGUGGCCAGCGCUGACCUCGGCAUAUGUCUGCACAAGUCGUCCAGUGAUCUCGAUUUGCCAAUGAAAGUGGUGGAUAUGUUUGGCUGCUGUUUACCCGUCUGCGCCUAUAAAUACAAUUGCAUAAAUGAAUUGGUUUUACACGAAAAGAAUGGUUUGCUUUUCAAUACAAGCGAAGAAUUAUCUCAACAAUUAAUGCAUGUCUUAAAGAAUUUUCCCGAAGAAAAUGCGAGCUUAAAGUUAUUUCGCAAUCAUUUGAACCAAAACUUUGUGAAACUUCGUUGGAAUGAGUGUUGGAAUCAAAACGCUUUACCAAUAUUUUCGUGAUAUAAAUAUUAAAUAAUUUUAUAAUUUUGGUUAUGAUUUAUAAGCAUUGAAUAAAAUUGAAAUGUGAUAUAAAUAUUGC